ACGAGCUAAAUGUAUUUUUGUUACGUUACACUCCAGGCUAAUUUGCUGCGGCUAGCUUGCUCGUAUGCUAGCUGACGCUAGGUAACGUUGCCGGGUCAGACAGCAACUUCAGCGUCAGUUUCGGGGGGCUAGCCCGACUACCGUCGCUCCUCUGCCGCUAAAAAAAUCUCCAAAGCGCCAUCAUGUUUGAAAUGGAGACGCACAUAUCGUGCCUUUUCCCGGAAAUCUUAGCCAUUAUUUUCAGUUACUUGGACGUUAAAGACAAAGGAAGAGUAGCCCAAGUGUGCGCGGCCUGGAGAGACGCGUCCUACCACAAGUCGGUGUGGAGGGGGGUGGAAGCCAAGCUCCAUCUGCGGCGAGCCAACCCGUCUCUGUUCCCCAGUCUGCAGACCAGGGGGAUCAAGAAAGUCCAGAUCCUCAGCCUGAGGCGAAGCCUGAGCUACGUGAUCCAAGGGAUGCCGCACAUAGAAAGCCUCAACUUGUGCGGGUGCUUCAACUUCACCGACAUUGGACUGGGACAUGCCUUUGUGCAGGACAUCCCGUCCCUGCGGGUCCUGAACCUCAGCCUGUGUAAACAGAUCACAGACUCCAGCCUGGGCCGGAUCGCCCAGUACCUGAAGAACCUGGAGGUGCUGGAACUUGGGGGUUGCAGCAACAUCACGAACACGGGCCUGUUGCUGGUGGCGUGGGGCUUGCACAGACUCAGGAGCCUCAACCUGCGCAGCUGCAGGCACGUGUCAGAUGUGGGAAUCGGUCACCUGUCCGGGAUGACCCGGAGCGCUGCGGAGGGCUGCCUGUCUCUGGAGAAACUGACCCUGCAGGACUGCCAGAAGCUGACAGACCUGUCUCUCAAGCAUGUCUCGAAGGGCCUAAACAAGCUCAAAGUGCUCAACCUCAGCUUCUGCGGGGGCAUCUCGGAUGCAGGGAUGAUCCACCUGUCCCAGAUGAGCCAGCUGUGCAGCCUGAACCUACGCUCCUGUGACAACAUCAGUGACACUGGGAUAAUGCACCUGGCUAUGGGCUCCCUCCGCCUGUCUGGACUCGAUGUCUCCUUCUGUGACAAGAUCGGAGACCAGAGCCUGGCCUACAUCGCCCAGGGGCUGUAUCAGCUCAAAUCUCUGUCUCUCUGCUCCUGCCACAUCAGUGACGAUGGCAUCAACAGGAUGGUGCGCCAAAUGCACGAACUCAAGACUCUAAACAUCGGACAGUGUGUUCGAAUCACAGACAAAGGCUUGGAGCUGAUAGCUGACCACUUGACCCAGUUGACAGGGAUUGAUCUGUAUGGUUGUACUAAGAUCACCAAGAGGGGUCUGGAGAGGAUAACGCAGCUCCCGUGCCUUAAAGUGUUGAACCUUGGACUCUGGCAAAUGACUGAGAGUGAAAAAGUGAGGUGACAGUUUCUCAUAAACACAUUUCGUCAUCAUGUACAGUGUGUUCUCAGGACUGUCGUGUCCAGUUUUAGUUCUAGCUUCUGUACCGAGACUAGAAGGGACCCACUGGAAUAUUGCUCUUGUUAAAUCCCAGCUACCUCACUGUACAGAGUGCCUACUGUCGUUGAAUACUGUAUUAGAUUGUAUAUUUUUGUGACACGUACCAGUAUAGAUUUAAGCAUUUACAUUCAAAACAGGAGUUCAUUCGAUUUAAAAGUUUAGAUUAUUUUAGUUUUGU